AUGGAGCAGAGAGGAAGAGGAGAGAGGAGGAAGAGUUUGGGGAAAGUGUUCAUCAUGGAGCAGAGAGGAAGAGGAGAGAGGAGGAAAAGUUUGGGGAAAGUGUUCAUCAUGGAGCAGAGAGGAAGAGGAGAGAGGAGGAAGAGUUUGGGGAAAGUGUUCAUCAUGGAGCAGAGAGGAAGAGGAGAGAGGAGGAAGAGUUUGGGGAAAGUGUUCAUCAUGGAGCAGAGAGGAAGAGGAGAGAGAGAGAAGAGUUUGGGGAAAGUGUCCGUCAUGGAGCAGAGAGGAAGAGGAGAGAGGAGGAAGAGUUUGGGGAAAGUGUUCAUCAUGGAGCAGAGAGGAAGAGGAGAGAGGAGGAAGAGUUUGGGGAAAGUGUUCAUCAUGGAGCAGAGAGGAAGAGGAGAGAGAGAGAGAGAAGAGUUUGGGGAAAGUGUUCAUCGUGGAGCAGAGAGGAAGAGGAGAGAGGAGGAAGAGUUUGGGGAAAGUGUUCAUCAUGGAGCAGAGAGGAAGAGGAGAGAGAGAGAAGAGUUUGGGGAAAGUGUCCGUCAUGGAGCAGAGAGGAAGAGGAGAGAGGAGAAAGAGUUUGGGGAAAGUGUUCAUCAUGGAGCAGAGAGGAAGAGGAGAGAGAGAGAGAAGAGUUUGGGGAAAGUGUUCAUGGAGCAGAGAGGAAGAGGAGAGAGGAGGAAGAGUUUGGGGAAAGUGUUCAUCAUGGAGCAGAGAGGAAGAGGAGAGAGGAGGAAGAGUUGGGGGAAAGUGUUCAUCAUGGAGCAGGGAGGAAGAGAAGAGAGAGAGAAGAGUUUGGGGAAAGUGUCCGUCAUGGAGCAGAGAGGAAGAGGAGAGAGGAGGAAGAGUUUGGGGAAAGUGUUCAUCAUGGAGCAGAGAGGAAGAGGAGAGAGGAGGAAGAGUUUGGGGAAAGUGUUCAUGGAGCAGAGAGGAAGAGGAGAGAGAGAGAAGAGUUUGGGGAAAGUGUCCGUCAUGGAGCAGAGAGGAAGAGGAGAGAGGAGGAAGAGUUUGGGGAAAGUGUUCAUCAUGGAGCAGAGAGGAAGAGGAGAGAGGAGGAAGAGUUUGGGGAAAGUGUUCAUCAUGGAGCAGAGAGGAAGAGGAGAGAGGAGAAAGAGUUUGGGGAAAGUGUUCAUCAUGGAGCAGAGAGGAAGAGGAGAGAGAGAGAGAGAAGAGUUCGGGGAAAGUGUUCAUCGUGGAGCAGAGAGGAAGAGGAGAGAGGAGGAAGAGUUUGGGGAAAGUGUUCAUCAUGGAGCAGAGAGGAAGAGGAGAGAGAGAGAAGAGUUUGGGGAAAGUGUCUGUCAUGGAGCAGAGAGGAAGAGGAGAGAGGAGAAAGAGUUUGGGGAAAGUGUUCAUCAUGGAGCAGAGAGGAAGAGGAGAGAGAGAGAGAAGAGUUUGGGGAAAGUGUUCAUGGAGCAGAGAGGAAGAGGAGAGAGGAGGAAGAGUUUGGGGAAAGUGUUCAUCAUGGAGCAGAGAGGAAGAGGAGAGAGGAGGAAGAGUUUGGGGAAAGUGUUCAUCAUGGAGCAGAGAGGAAGAGAAGAGAGAGAGAAGAGUUUGGGGAAAGUGUCCGUCAUGGAGCAGAGAGGAAGAGGAGAGAGGAGGAAGAGUUUGGGGAAAGUGUUCAUCAUGGAGCAGAGAGGAAGAGGAGAGAGGAGGAAGAGUUUGGGGAAAGUGUUCAUGGAGCAGAGAGGAAGAGGAGAGAGGAGGAAGAGUUUGGGGAAAGUGUUCAUCAUGGAGCAGAGAGGAAGAGGAGAGAGGAGGAAGAGUUUGGGGAAAGUGUUCAUCAUGGAGCAGAGAGGAAGAGGAGAGAGGAGGAAGAGUUUGGGGAAAGUGUUCAUCAUGGAGCAGAAAGGAAGAGGAGAGAGGAGGAAGAGUUUGGGGAAAGUGUUCAUCAUGGAGCAGAGAGGAAGAGGAGAGAGGAGGAAGAGUUUGGGGAAAGUGUUCAUCAUGGAGCAGAGAGGAAGAGGAGAGAGGAGGAAGAGUUUGGGGAAAGUGUUCAUCAUGGAGCAGAGAGGAAGAGGAGAGAGGAGGAAGAGUUUGGGGAAAGUGUUCAUCAUGGAGCAGAGAGGAAGAGGAGAGAGAGAGAAGAGUUUGGGGAAAAGAAACGGGAAAUGA